ACAGACAUGUCUUGAAAGCGCUGCCGGGAGGCUGUGCACCGCCUUCUGGUGCCUUGAAAAGCUUGUUGGGGUGGUGUCUGCAGAACUGUGGGACCGGUUCAGUGAGAGAACGGUGAACGAAUGAGAAGGACCAAAGAAACCAAGCAGAAUUUAGGGGCAGGUUUCUGGGGGGCAGAUACAGAGUUGCCUGUAGUAUCCGUCGGUAGAUUCCAGAACCUUCUGCUCUUCAGCAGGGAGACCAUGCCGAGACCCAAGAAGAGGCUGGCUGGGGCUGCUAAGCCAGACAGGAAGGGGCCAGCAGGAAAACGUACCAAGACUAAGAACCUAGGUGAGGCAUCAACUAAAGUGGAGAACUCUAGCCCUCGGAAGACUUCAACCUCUAAAAAUUGUGGGAAGAAUCUAAACAGCUACUGGCUGAUGAAAUCAGAGCCAGAAAGCCGACUAGAGAAAGGUGUAGAUGUGAAGGUGAGAUCAAGUACCUGUCUGAUAGGUCUCAUUUCUUCUCCCCUGGGACAGGCCCGGAACUUCCUUAGAGCCAUGAAGCUAGAGGAAGAAGCCUUCUUCUACCAUAGCAACUGCAAAGAGCCAGGCAUCGCAGGACUUGUGAAGAUUGUGAAGGAGGCUUACCCAGACCACACACAGUUUGAAAAAAGCAAUCCUUAUUAUGAUCCAUCCAGCAAAGAAGACAACCCUAAAUGGUCCAUGGUGGAUGUACAGUUUGUUCGGAUGAUGAAGCGUUUCAUUCCCCUGGCUGAGCUCAAAACCCAUCACCAAGCUCACAAAGCCACUGGUGGCCCUUUAAAAAAUAUGGCGCUCUUCACUCAGCAGAGACUCUCAGUCCAGCCCCUGACCCAAGAGGAGUUUGAUUUUGUUUUGAGUCUGGAGGAAAAGGAACUGAGUUAACUGAGACACUCGCUGGGAUGGGCAAGACAUUACUCCAAAGAAGUGAAGUUUCUAUUAAGACACGAGGAGGUGUGCGGAUACUUGCUUGCUAUAAUCAUCUGGGGUUGUGUACAUAGGGGGAUUUUGUGUACUUUUCUCAAUAAAACACUGCUAUCAAA